AUGAUAAUAUAGAUAUCUCUGAUCCUCUUGGCUCUAUACUUUAUUUACGAUAGAAUUUAUCUUGUUUACUAUAACUAUUGGUACUACAAAAAAUAAGGAUUUAAGCCAACUGGACUACCUUUGCCAUUUUUAGGAGAUAUCCUAACUUUCCUUAAAGUUCUUAAGACGCAAGAUGAAUUUUGGGAGGAUGCUCACUAUGAGUAUUUGAGACACGUAUUUAAUGAUGAUAUUCCUCAAUAUUCUAUUGAUUUCAGAUAUCCAAGAGGAAUGCUUGUAAUUACUGAUCCUGACUUUGUAUUUGAAUCCUACUCUACAAAGAAUAAAUACUUUGAAAAGUUUCCCAGAUCCCGAGCUAUGAGUAAAAAGAUUUUGGGAGAAUCCGUCUUAUUUGCUCCAGCAGAUGAAUUAUAGGCGCUCAAAAGAAAGCAUCUGUCUUCAGCAUUUUACAAGGAUAAAAUGCAAUCAUUGUUAAAUUCUAUCAUUAGCACAACCUUUGAUACGGUUCAAGAAACUAUUUCACAGAUUAAUAAGGGAGUAGAUGAGCUUGACUUGAAUCAAUAUAUAGGAAAACUUAUUCUUGAGUCCAUUUAGAUUUGCAUCUUUGGAGUUAAUGAGAAACUUGAGCUGCUCCCAUUCAAGUAAAAGGGAAAAAUUGAUCAACUGAGUUAAGGGGUUUUCAUGAAUAGGCUUUCAGCUGGAUUAUUAGAGAGAUCUAAUAACAUCUUCAGGAUUAACUUUGAAUUCCUUGACAACCAUUUUGUUGGGAAAGCUGAGAAAGAAUUGGAAGAGAAUACCAAAACUUUGAGAAGAUUCAUAUUAAAUAUGAUAAAUUUGAGAAGAGAAAAAAAUAAGGCUCUCAAGCCUGAAGAAAUUCCCCACGAUUUUUUAAACAUGCUAUUACAAGAUGAUCUUUUUAAGGAUAAUGAAAGCUUAAUGAUCGAUGAAUGCUGUACAUUCAUGUUAGCAGCAACUUAAACUACUACAACUACACUUUCAAACCUUUUCUUCUACCUUACAAAAUACGAUUCAAUUAGAACUAAACUCAGAAAUGAGAUCAAAGAUAUUUUUGGAUAGUAGAAAAUGAUUAGUUAGAUAUCAAAAGAAGAAUGGCUAUAAAAGCUAAGUCUAGAUGAAAUUUAAAGCUAAUGGAAAUAUAUAUUCAUGAUUGCCUAGGAAAAUUUAAGAAUUGAACCUCCCCUUAGAAAAAGCACACCUUAGAUUGUAACCCAGGAUAUUGAGAUUCUUGGUAAGAAAAUACUAAAAGGAAUGCCAAUAAUAUUUCACUUCUUAGGGUUGUAGAGAAAUCCUAAUGAAUGGCCUGAGCCCAUGUAAUUUAUUCCUGAAAGGUUUGAUCCAUCGUCAAAGCAUUUCUUGACUGCAGAGGGCAAAAAGAGAAAGUCUGGUAGUUUCACCCCAUUUCUCGGAGGUAGAAGAAUAUGUCUAGGUAAGACAUUUGCCGAAAAUAUUAUCAAGUGUGUUACUCCAGUCAUUACUUCCAGACUUGAUUUUGAGGUUCUUAAACCUGAAUACAGAGAGAGAAAGCCUCCUAAUGGUCUAUUUGCUGAGCCAGUCUACCUAAUGAAAGUCAAAUUAUAUGACCAAUGA